UGUAUCUGUAAGUCUGCAAAUCAAAAUGUGCGCUCGAUCAAAAUUUCACGAGCAUGUUUUCUUUUGGAGCUUCUUUGUUGUUUUCCUCCUCAUGUUGAACGUGGCAUUAGCAAUUGAUGGUGGCUGGGCUACUUGGAGCAGAUGGUCUCCUUGCUCUGUAACCUGCGGUAGAGGAGCCAGAAGACGCUUUCGAGUUUGCGACAAUCCUCCCCCUAGUCCAACAGGAAACUGGUGCAUAGGUAGACAUCUGCAAGCAGAGAACUGUCAAAUGCCUCAAGACUGUCCAGUGGAUGGAGGCUGGAGUGAAUGGACCGUUUGGACGAUGUGUUCUGUGAGUUGUGGUGAAGGUGUUUCCCACCGCUACAGAGAUUGCGACGCUCCCAGACCAAAGAAUGGCGGGAAGAUUUGCGAAGGAACUUCUCAGGAGUCACAGUCCUGUUUUGCUAUAAAAGAAUGCCCAAGGGAUGGCCAGUGGUCAUCGUGGAGUCAAUGGUCACCUUGUUCUGUGACCUGUGGCGAUGGAACGUCGGUUCGGCGGAGAUCGUGCAACAAUCCUCCACCAUCAGGCGAAGGGAGACCGUGCGAGGGUCUAGGAAGAGAGGAAAGGAAAUGCAUUGCCCUUGAAAACUGCCCUAUAAAUGGCCAGUGGUCGGAGUGGUCUGAAUGGAGACACUGUUCGGUGACUUGCGGCCCAGGGGUGCAGAGAAGGUGGCGAAAUUGCAACAAUCCUCCACCACAACAUGGAGGAGCGGACUGUAAUGAAGAACACGCAGGCGAUGUGCAGACACGAAGCUGUAAUGGCGGAGUUGAAUUCUGUCCGGUCGAUGGUGAAUGGACGGAAUGGAGUGACUGGGGCAACUGCAAUAGUCCAAACUGCAAAUCGAAACAUUCUUAUUCGUUCAGGAAACGUAGCUGCAGUGAUCCCCUGCCCCUGCAUUCAGGUGGCACGAUGUGCCAGGGAAAUUUCUUACAAGCUGGACUUUGCGAUCGUCCCGUCAAUUGCGUUGUUGAUGGUGGUUGGACAGAAUGGUCUGAAUGGACUUGCUUGAAAGAUGUAGCUUUGAGGAGUAGAGCCUGCCGAAACCCAGCUCCAUCUAAAGGAGGAAGAAACUGUACAGGUCCGAUGACAGAACAUCAUGUACCAAAUACUGAAGAAUACAGAGAAGUGUGCUCCGAUAAACCAAUUGACGAUGAAGAUUUCCAAGGAAGUGGUUCAGGAAUGGAAGUGGCUGAAGACAGCUAAAACAGUUUUUAUAUAUUUGUUUCUCAUUUAUACUAUGAGCAUGGAGAUGUUUUUGUUGACUUAAUAAAUGCUUCAAACAG